GACGAUCUCCCAGUGACACCGUCAGCCUUCGUUAGCCUUCUGGACAGCUGCGUAGCCCAGACGGACCCUCCAGCGUGUUUGCGUGACUGUCGAAAUGUGCCUUUGGAAGGCGAGUUGCUGAAGGCAGCAGCGCGAUUUCAAGCCAGGUGGUGA